UCAAGCCUGCUCACUUUACAGCUCUUGUCGAGCAUGGCAACCAAGUUAGACGCAAGAUACGCGCUUUCGCGUGAGCACUGAAAUGGCUUCCGAUGUUUUGAAACGUUCCCAUUUAGGGACACGAACAGUUUAUUGGGUUCCCGUAUAGAAAGAGCUUCUAAAUGGAUAGCAUCAAUAUGUUUUCCCGACUGAGCCGUGGUUACGGAACAUGGGACGGCAUAGCGAAGCGUGAUGCAGUGCCCGAAGUCGACAGGGAGUUCUUCUCACUCUCUGAUCUGCAACUUCCUCCAAUCGGACCUAACUACAAGAGACCAUCUGAUCCUGACUUGUACUAUGGACAAGGAACUUUACGGGAAAAGAGCACAUUCAGACUGCCAGAUGUCAACCAAACUAAGCAGAUCCCUUGCCCGAGACCCAUGCCUAAGACAUACACUACUCGCAAGGGCGCGCUGCUAUUGUAUGCAGAGGGUUACUUCCUUCCUGGGUCUCCAAAACCCAAGAGAAGACUAAGAAGAAAAAUCAAAAAGACUCCGUCAGCUAAACUUAAAACACUCACUGACCUAAGAGACUUCAUUCUUAACUAUAAACGGAAUGGGGGCGACCCUUUGUUCCUUGCCUUACUACAAAAGCGCUUAAGCGGAUACCAUGAUCACCGAGUUCGUCCUGGCUUCUCACCCAAGAGGUACAUUGCCACCCUCGGGCGCUCCCUUCAGGAAGACGCAUGGAACAAACUAGCACAUUCCGGUUCCUUUAAGGACCCCGCCCUGCUGACGUACAACCCAUUUUUACCACCUGUUCACGCGGACGGCUCCCUGUGUGAUCUGUUCCCCGAGAAACCACAGCCUUAUAGCACAAUGUCACUGCCGCCGGUUUCCCCGUCAAGUUCUAUGCUUGGAAGUUCAUGGAACUUUUACAACAAUGGCAUGUCCACUGGCGCUGCUUCUAUGGUAUCAAUCAACAGCGAAGAAUACGCACCAUCGUCUAGAGCGAUCAGCCCUUCAGAGUCUCUGCAUGAAAGACUAUCUGAGGUAGAGCCAGCAAAGAGGAAAAAAGACUUUCGAUAUGCUUUAUUGGACCCCAAGCAAAAAGAAGAGCUUCUCUCACAAAUGUUGGUCCAAAAAACGCUAGAAAGCGUAGACUCGGAUUUACAGAAUUGGCCUAGUAAUUUUACCACAGAAAAAACGGGCACAAAAGAGCAGGCGUCUUCGCGGCGCAGUAGUACAAGCAGUAGAAAACAGUCUAAAGCAAGCCUAAACUCUGCGUCCUUGUCAUCAAUUCCUCGCUUACCUCCUAUACAGUCCGCGAGUGUGCGCGCCUCGUCCACGGAGGAUCGAGAGGGUAAGAGUAAGUACUCGUUAGAAGGUCCUGUUACUUCCCUGAAGUCCGUGCCGGAACCGUCUAAACCGGAUUCAAAGACAAGUUCCGUGGUUUCAGAAGAACAGAAGGCUGCUGGUGAAGCGCUUGACUCUUCUGACGCGGUCGACCUAGACGGCAUUCAGUUUGACUUGUCGGAGGAUGAGGACCCGUGGGAUAGUGCCGUGGCCAAAGUCGCUAACCAGAAGGGCGACGGCGCGAGUUUAGAUAGAGAGGACUCAAUAUCUCAUCUUGGGCCUUCACCUUCUGAUGAGAACACCUCUGGGGUCAUCCCCGAUAACACCGCUGGGCAGAUCACUUCGGAACAUCAACAAGCUUCAGAUGGAUCUCUUCAGAAGUCGCAAUCCGAGGAUCAGUUAUCGGCUAAAGGCACAGAGACAAGUAGAGGCACAAAAGAUGCACAGAAUUCCGAUGAUGUUGAUGUAGCGAGUGGUACCAGAAGCGCUGAUGACGUCACAAGUGCGGUUACCCUGGAUGACGUCAUGGUCAGUAGUGACGAAAAUGUUACGAAAAAUACCGAUGACGACACAAGCGCAACAUCAGCUGUGGUUGGAGCUAGUGGUGAUGAUGUCGCGACGGAAAGGACCGAUGACGCCCCGAGUGGUAUUUCCGUCGACGAAGAUGUCAGACAAAGUGAUGAUGUUGGUGGUGAUGCUAGUGUUUGUGAACCUGCUGCCCGGGAAGAGAGUGCGGAUCUUGAGGGAGAGGAAGGUGAUGACAGUAAGCGGCCGGGAAGUGCGGAUAACUUAACAGCAGGAUCUGUUUACUCGGCAAGCACCACGUCAUUAUCAAUACAUGAAGACAAUGGCCCGUCCCCAGAGCCUCCUCCGCCAAUCACGUUCGAGCAGCUUCAGGACGAGGCACGAGUGGUAGCAUCUCGCGUGCUCAAUCGACCCCAGUCCGGCGCUGUUUUUGUGGAAGAUGCGCGCGCAGCGCUGAUGAUGUGGACUGACAGGCUUUCGAGUCUACUAGGUCCUCCCACCAAAGAUGCUCGCACGUGCUCUGCGGCUUUACAAACAAAGGCUGGUUUGACUAGCAACGCGCCCGCAGUCGCUGGAGUAGUUGCACGUAAGAGGAAGGUCAGUCGGUCAGCGGCUCCACUGGCGGCUUUGAGACAUGCCCUUCUUAUUUCGGGAGGUGAAAUUCCGAAUAUCGAAGCCCUUAGGGAUCUACCACCGGUCCAAGAAAAAGCCCGCAAGCCUACAAAGCAGGCCAGCGGUGUGGCCAGUGGUCAUACCUACUAUGAGCCAUUGAAGGAUGGCGAAAGUAGGUCUAACCGAGACUCUGGAUCUCCAGGCCCCACGAGGUCAAUCGUGACCGACCGUCUGUCCAACUCUGACCUGCAGAUGGAGAUCUUCAAUUAUGUCACCAAGGACGAACAGGAGUUCGAGCAGGACAGAGCUAGAGUUGUCGAGGAAGAGGACUCGGGAGACGAGGCCGAGUUCCAGGCUGCUUUAGAUGCCGUAGUGACGGAGUUACAGCAGAAUGUCGCAAAGGAAGAGAAAAUCGAAAAACCGAAACCCAGAACUAAAUCGAAGCCGAAAUCACCCCCGAAGACAACAACAGAAAAGACGAGAACACCGCCUUUCCAAGUGACUCGUCCAAAAGAAGAGAAACCACCACCAGGGUUGAAGGAGGUUCCCCCACAGGGUCCCAAAAAAAUCAAAACAGCAAAGAAAGCUCCCAGAAAGGAAGGUAAAAAAGGUGGUAAGCCCACAGCAGCUAAGCCUAAACCGCAGCCAAAGAACAAAAAGGGAAAAGAAGAGAAACCGAAGGAUGAGGAUGAGGAACACGCGCAAGAGAUCACGGCGAUAGAAGACGCCGAACAAGCUAAAAGUGAGAGCUCGGUGGAAGAAAAAAUUGAGUCUUCUGAGAAGUUCUCAGAAAAGAGUGAGUCCCCGGAGCCAAGUGUCCGUGUGGACUCGGAGACGGGGGAUGAGAUUUACACUGUUUCAGCGACCCCCUCGGAGACAGAGUCCUAUGCAACCACAUCGAUGCGCUCAAGAGUUUCCACCUCGAAAGGUUCGAGCUCGCCAAGUGUCAGUACCACGGCGUCAAUACUUGAGCAACCCAAACUGGUUCCGAAACUUUCCUUUUCUCGCCCAGAGGAGGAGGCUGAAAAAGAAGCGAAGGCUAGGGAGGAGGAGGAGGCACAUAAGGAGGCAGAGCUUGCGAAACAAAGAGAGAAGGAAGCACGAGCGGCGAAGAGAGCGGAAGAGAGGGCGGCAGCAGCCGAGAAGAGGCGACAGGAAGUUGAAAGGAAGAGAAGGGAGCGAGAGGAGGCGAAGAGAAAGCAGCUGGAAGAGGCUGAGCGCCUUGAGAGGGUCAGGCUAGAGGCGGAGGAGGAAAUGAAGAGAAGGGAGGAGGAGCGGAGAAAAAAACGCGAGGAAGCCGAGCGAGAGCGUAAACGCAAAGAAGAAGAAGAACGGAACCGAGAAAAGCAGGAAAAGGCUCGCUUAGAGCGUGAAAAAAGGAUGCGCGAAGACUUCGAGAGAAAGAAACAAGAACUCAUCGCGCAACGUAAAUUGGAGGAAGAAAUCCGCAGAGAACAGGAGAAAAUAGAUCGGGAACUUGAGGAAGCAGCUAGACGGGAGGAGGAGGAACGAAUACGCAACAUGGAGGAGUCAGAAAGACUGGCAUUACAGGAAAAAAUGCGACGAGAAGAGGAAGAAUUAAGACGAAGGCUUGAGGACCAGAGACGUAGAGAGGAGGAGGAAAGGCGAGUUUUAGAGGAGCAAAAACGCUUGCGACAGGAGGCACUUGCCCUCCUCAGACAGAAGAGAAUAAAAAGACAUUUGUUUAUUACUGGUAUAAUGAAGGAAAUGCGGUUUUUGGGUCUUGGACAGAGGCUGACCAGGGCUUUUACGUUUUCGUAUUUUGAUGAACUACCAUGGAAUUACCUUAGAACAAGGCCAACAUCACCCAUGAAAAACAUGAUUGAAGAAUUGAAGGCAAGCUUGCCACCAACCAUAAUAGAAGAAGAUGAGACAGAAGAGGACUAAACAGAUAAAUGUGUAUUUUGAGUAAAAAAAAAGAUCUUUAACAUGAUCAGUUCUUUACGUUGUACAUAAGAAAUGAACAGAUGUAACAAAUUUAUUGUGUUUUAAUAUUAAAAAAUGUACAGAAGGUGAAAAGUAACAAAUUAAAAAUGUAGAGUUCAUA